GAGAGAGAGAGAUAAAGAAAAAAGGAGGUGGGGUGAGCGAUUUUUCCCCGUAUUUUACUGCCAUUUUCUCUUUCAGGACACGAACGACGAGGCAGCGUAGAAACAAAUCCAGGUCCUUAAACUCAACCAACAUGAAACGUUCUUCUAUCACUAAAUGAACUCAGUAUCAGUGAAUUAUUUAGUUAGGAUUCAUCGCCUUAUUAUUUUCGGAAAGAAGUGAGAGUUGGGUGCGGCCAUUGACGAGCAGCAGCGUCCUCUGGUGCGUGUUUGUUGAGGAUGCUGUUGAGCAGGGCACCUCCAAAAGGACUGGUGGUUUUGGGCUUGAUCUGUUGUGUCAUCAUCAGAAGUUUGGCUCAGCAAAGUGAUGCAGGAUCAGUGGUACAUGAGGGCAAAGGCAUCCAAGGGGUCAACGCAAGUGACACUGGUACAAUAAGUUCUUGGACAGAGAAUUCAAACCAUGAACCUGUCGCCGUAAUUUAUGAGAAAGUCGUCAACAACAGCGAGUUCAUAUCACCAUCAAAUGGGGUGAAGCCGGAAUACUCCCUUUUCCUCAAGAACAACAGCAGACCAUUUUAUAGGAAAUUCGACAAAUUUGGAAAUGAGCAUACCAUCAGUCGUAAAAAAGAAAAUGGUGUCUCCGCACAACCGGAUAUGAGCUCUAUAAGAAAUGAGUUGCCGUUCAAUCGGACCACUCAAAGUGAUUUCAUGCUUACAUCAAUUCCCAUGGUCAAUCAAGUGCAGGGUUUGGCAAACAACAGUGAGAUGAAUGCAUCAACACAUGGUCAGAAAUGGAAUAAUAUGCGAUUGGUGCGAUUCGGCGGAAACUUUCGUGACACUCACAAUAAGGAAUGGACGAAACAUGGAAAGUUUCGGCAACACUUCGCUAUUAUUCAUGAAUCAUCACCUCCGAAACGAAUCCUCUCAUCAUCCGUGUUGAACCGCAGGGAUCUCAGAUUAUUUCAACGAGGAGAAGGUGAUGAAACUGAAGUGGAUCGACUCGAUAAUCUUCCGCAUAAGGACAUCAUCGUUCGUAGACUUCACGACUUGCCUCAAAUCUCAAUCCAGUCCGUAUCACGGCGUUUCGAGAAAAUCAGUCACGGACCCCCACACAGACAUCCACAACAGAGUCAUCUGCCAGUCAAAGACAUGGUCCAGGGCAUGAUGAACCCUCGGGAAAAAAUGGGCGUUAUCCCGGACCCAUCGUGGAACCCUACCAAAGUGCCAAUACCCGGCCCCGUUUCCCCCAGCAACAAACAAAUCCUCGUUCAACACACUCAGCAGCGGCAACAGCAGAAACCACAACUGCAGCAACAGCCCUUCAAAAACCCUAGAUUCAUGUGGCCAUCUCGAGGGAACCCGGGUUACGUUGGGUUAAAAUCCUACCGAGUCCCGCAGUUUAUGUUGGCCCAGUCCCCGGGCAACGUGAAUCGCAACCAGCAGCAAGUGCAGUUGCAGCAAAGGUCGAAGAUGCCCCAGGGCGUGCUUCAGCAACAGCGAAUUUCGCCUGCGAAUGACGUCAUCAAGAACUCGGUGGCAAAUAAUCAAUUGAUGAUGCCAAAUGUGCCGUUGAUUGCUGGCAAUCGCCCUUCGUCAUCACCGUCAGCAGCAGUGCAAAAUAUGAAACAGGUUCCAGUAGCACCUCCAACUGGUCCAGUGGCACCAAAAAUGAAUCCCUCUGUUGCUGUUAAUAUGAUUGCUGGUGUUUAUCCUGCACAAGCAACUGGACCCAAUAACAAAGAGCAACGAACCGAGGUCAAGGGCGUCCGAAUGAUUCCCAAUAUCCAACAAUUCCCUCCGAAGCGGCAGGAAGGAAUGUCUAAUCAGACGCACCCGAAAGUUUCCGAAGAUCGAAAAGAUGCAGUCAUUCCGCUCAAAACCCCGCUCGUCAAUCCGUUCAUCGUCACUUCGCAAUUGUUUCCCGACGACGACAAGGACAAUGGCGAGGGCAUGUCCUUGCCUUACGAGCGUCUGGAUUCCCCGUUUGCGGAGGCGGCGAAAGCUGUCAAUCAGGACCUGGUGCAACAAGUCCAGGAACUUCAUCAACGCCUCAAAAAGUGA